AUGAACAAAUGGAUGCCCAUCGCCAAGGAGUAUGACCCACUUAAAGCCGGCAGCAUCGAUGGCACUGAUGAAGAACCACACGACCGGGCAGUCUGGAGGGCCAUGCUGGCCCGCUAUGUCCCCAACAAAGGAGUCACAGGAGAUCCCCUCCUCACCCUUUUUGUGGCGAGACUCAACCUGCAGACCAAAGAGGAGAAGUUAAAGGAGGUGUUUUCCCGAUAUGGUGACAUCCGGCGGCUUCGGCUGGUUAGGGACUUGGUCACCGGCUUUUCGAAGGGCUAUGCCUUCGUGGAAUACAAGGAUGAACGUUCCCUGUUGAACGCUUACAGAGAUGCAGACGGCCUGGUCAUCGACCAGCAUGAGAUAUUUGUGGACUACGAGCUGGAAAGAACUCUCAAAGGGUGGAUUCCUCGGCGGCUCGGAGGAGGGCUCGGGGGGAAGAAGGAAUCUGGGCAGCUGAGGUUCGGGGGACGGGAUCGGCCUUUUCGAAAGCCUAUCAACCUGCCAGUUGUCAAGAACGAUGUCUACAGAGAGGGGAGAAGGGAUAGGAGGGAGCGGUCGCAGUCCCGUGAAAGACACUGGGACUCGAGGCCCAGGGGCCGGGAGCAUGGCAGGGGCCGGGAGAAGCGGUGGCAGGACAGAGAGCCAGGUAGGGCCUGGCCUGAGAAUGACUGGGGGGCAGAGAGGGAUUUUAGGGAUGACAGGCUCAAGGGCAGGGAGAAGAGGGACAGAGGUAAGUGGAGGGUCAACAGUAAAACGGAAGAUGAAGACAAAGCCUAA